GGAUAAAGACAUUAUUUUCCUUUUCCUUCCUGCCUUCCAGAUUUACCCUCUAUGCGGUGGAUACACGAGGGAGACACUCAGAGCUGAGCACGGUCACCCUGAGGACCGCCUGCCCACUGGUAGAUGACAGCAAGGCAGAAGAGAUAGCUGACAAAAUCUACAACCUCUACAACGGCUACACCAGCGGGAAGGAGCAGCAGACGGCCUAUAACACACUGAUGGAGGUCUCUGCUUCCAUGCUUUUCCGAGUCCAGCACCACUACAACUCCCACUACGAGAAGUUUGGAGACUUCGUCUGGCGCAGUGAGGAUGAGCUGGGGCCCAGGAAGGCACACCUGAUCCUGAGGAGGCUGGAGAAGGUCAGCAGUCACUGCUCGACCCUGCUGCGCAGUGCCUACAUCCAGAGCCGCACCGAGACCAUGCCCUACUUGUUCUGCCGCAGCGAAGAAGUCCGGCCUCCCGGCAUGGUCUGGUACAGCAUCCUAAAGGACACCAAAGUAACGUGCGAGGAGAAGAUGGUCUCCAUGCUGCGCAACACGUACGGGGAGUCCAAGGGGCGGUGAGGGAAGGUGCGGGCCUGGAGCUGUGGGAGGCAAAGGGACUCCGAGGAGUCAAGGACUCGUGAUAUGCUGAGUGGCUGGUGGGGUUCGGGGUCGGGUGGUGUUCGGAGGGGUGGAAGGGGACAGCAAGGCCAAGCAGGACUUUCUCAUGCAGAUGGCAGAGAAACAAGAAAUCAGCAAGUUGGACUUUAAUUUCUUUUCCUUUUUUUUUUUUA